AUGGAGAAAAAGAAAAACAAAAAGGUAUUCUUAAAGGUAGUGAUCAUUGGAGAUUCUGGCGUCGGCAAAACAUCCCUAAUCCACAGGUACACCUCAACCAGAUUCUUACAAGAUUUUAAGCCAACAAUUGGAGCUGAGUUUUCAAAUAAAGAAGUUGUUAUUAAUGGACAGACAGUAGUAGCACAAAUCUGGGAUACAGCUGGGCAAGAAAGAUAUCAAUCUCUGGGUAUCUCCUUCUACAGAGGAGCUGACUGCUGUGGAAUUGUAUUUGAUCGAAGUGAACCAGGCAGCUUUGAAAAUCUUGAGACAUGGAAAAACGCCUUCCUCAAGCAUGGAGCUCCAAAAGAAGAAGGUACCUUCCCCUUCCUAGUCAUUGGAAACAAAUCUGACCUUGAUGAUGGCACUCUAGUUAAAGAAAGAGAAGCUCAAGAGUGGUGAUCAUCAAACGGAAAUUUAGAAUACAUCGAAACUAGUGCCAAGGACAAUACUUCUGUUGAAGAGGCAUUUACAAAGCUCAUUGAAAAAGGUAUGGAAAGAGAGAAGGUAAACUUGGUCGAACUCCCAGAUAGAAUGUCACAGAAGAACAAAACAGUAAAUCUUGAGAGGGAUGUUGCUAAAGAAGUAAAUAGAAAGUCUCAAAAGAAGAAAUGCUGCUAGUUUAAACAUAGGCCAACC